AUGAGCGAGGCAACAAGACCAAGGCCACUGGCGUCGCUACACGCAAACGCGCCGCCCUUCAAGCCGCUAAUCCCGACCGCACUUCUCCCUUAUCUCGCCUUUGUCCUCCUCUCAUCCGUCUUCCUGGCCGCGUUCUACUUCACAACACUACCAAAGCGAAGCGUCACAUCGAAAGAGAUCAUCGUCGGCGUCGUCGCCAGUCUGCAGGCAGGCUUUGGCGUCGUUGCUCUGUUCAAUGCUGUUGGCGUCUAUGUAUGA